GCCAUCUGAGUGACAGCCAUCAAGUAAACUGUACAUCUUGUUGAACCAAAAUCGCUCAUUCCUCACCUAAAAUCUGCCCAUGUGCUUGAACCCCCGGUUAUCAAUUCUCGGCCAAGGCGAUUCGUAUUCCAGGGUAGCCAUAACAAGGCUGAAGUGUGGCCUCAACUCAAAGCUUCAAGGGACACUUUAGAAUUUGGUAACAUUUCACAAAUUCGACUUUCUUAUCUGGUAAAAGGCUUGAUUCGUUGUUCCUGUAAAUCAGCCAUCCAAGUUUGCACACAAAUUACGAACAUGGCAGACCAAAUUCUUGACCAGGUUCGGGAUCUUGCCGAAGGACAAAUUGACUUUGAAGGUCAAAGAUUGGCAGAAUUCUUGACAACAGCUCUAUUGGCAAUAUCCGGGGCCAUUGCCUUCUUUGUUGGCUUCUUCAAACAAGAUAUCAAACUGGCGCUUGCUUUCGGUUUGCUUGGAACGAUCUUCACCUUUGCUAUUGUUGUGCCUCCAUGGCCCUUCUACAAGAAGCAUCCUGUUAGAUGGUUACCUCUAGGUGGGCGGGAUGCAUCGACACAAGAGAUUGUUGUGGAUGGAAAGACUGUUGGUUGAAGAAAUGUUGGAGGGAUAUUUAAACUGGGGGCGUCAUAGGAUUGGGAAUACCUCAAAAUGCAAACAAUAUACUGGCACAAAUAAAAUGCUUCUCA